AUGGAAGAAACGCAAAAAUUUAUAGUUUUUUUUUCCUAUGUCGGGAUGGGGUUCAACUUAUCAGGCGGACACGGAAGCAUCAAAGUAUCGACCUUCGCCGUAGAAACCUUUUCCACAUUUGUCCUAAAAAUGCAGGGAUCUGCUUACCAAAAGGAUAACCCCAACACUGUGGAGAACAGACUGAUGGAUUGCUUGCACGCCUUGGACUUGAUCCCCGGGGUGGACGAGUAGAUGACCCUACAAGACAUACAAAGGGUGUACGUAAAAGAGAUCAACAAAAGGGUGAAAAACAUGCACGUGAUCGACAUCCGCAGUGUUCCCAAUUCUUUUGACGCGCGGCUAAAUUGCAUACAUAGGACCUACUUAUAUUUCUUCAUUGACAAAAAUUACAACUUUGAACGAAUGAAGGAGGGCUGCAAGUUAUUCCUAGGGGAACACGAUUUUUCUAAUUUCUGCAAGAAGAGGAAAAACAGCACAUGCUUCAGAAGGACCAUCCUAAAAUUUGAGCUCAGGCUUAUGGACAAAAAUUUCCACUACUUCAAAAUAAAGGGGACGUCGUUUCUAUACAACCAGAUUAGACACAUGGUCGCCGCCCUCUUCCAAGUGGGCACAGGGAACCUGGAACUGGGGGACCUAGCCAGUAUGCUGAACAAUCAACCCUGUAGGGAUAAGAAUUUCAAAAUAGCCAACGAAGAUGGACUGCUGUUGUACUCCUUCAAAUUUAGCGACCUUAACUUUGAAGUCAAGGUUGACAAUCGUGUGUUUUCACACCUGAUGGAGAGGUACAUACAGAGUGCGGUAGUCUUGGUUUCUCUGUGCUACCCUCGGAAGGUUAAGGGACCGAAUUGCGACUUUUUUGAAGACAUCGUCGAUGGAGGUGGCCAUGACAAGGGCGAUGAGAAUUGCCCUCCUUAA